GACCCGUCGAGCAAGUCUAUUUCGGGAUACAUGGACUUGGAGGGGUCAAAGUACAACGAGAAUGGCGAAGACAAACACCUUUUCUUUUGGAUGUUUGAAAAGCGCGGCACAUCGGACGCGAAUACACCGUUUAUCGUCUGGUUGACUGGUGGACCGGGGUGUUCCUCGACGCUCGCCUUGCUCAGCGAGAAUGGACCUUGUGAAGUCAACGAAGACGGCAAGUCUACCACCGUCAAUCCCCACUCAUGGACCGAAAGUGCUCAUGUUCUAUGGUUAGACCAACCAGCCGGAGUGGGGUACUCGUACGGCACGGAAACGAACUCGAACGAAGCCAUGGUUUCCGAAGACGCCUACUACUUUCUACAGGCUUUCUUUCAAACAUACGACGAAUAUUCCGAGAGUCCCCUCUUUAUUGUUGGAGAAUCCUACGGUGGACACUAUGGUCCGGCCAUUGCACACCGUGUUUGGCGAGGCAAUCAGGAAUCUUUGCCCAAAACUAUACAGCUCAACUUGUCCGGGCUUGGCAUUGGGAACGGGCUCACGGCUCCCGAAGAACAGUACAAGUGGUAUCCCGAGAUGGGUUACAACAAUUCUCACGGUAUCCAAGUUUUCGAUAAGGCUACGUAUGAAGGAAUGCAGGACGCCGUCCCCCGCUGCACCAGUCUCAUUAAGAGGUGCAAUCAGGGCGACUCCAUGAUUGACAACUUUGCUUGUCAAACGGCCUUUCUUAUCUGCAAUGCCGGCCUUACGUCACCCUACCAAAUGACUGGCUUGAAUCCCUACGAUAUUCGCAAGGAAUGUGGUUCGCAUCCACUUUGUUACGACUUUUCGCACAUUGAAAAAUUUCUCAACGACAAGGCCACCAAGGAGGCUUUGAACGUGGAUUUACAGCAUUCGCACGCUUGGAGAUCAUGUAAUAUGGGCAUUAACAUGAAAUUCCACACCGACUGGAUGAAGGACUUUUCUCCAUUUGUGGCGGAUUUGUUGAAUGCCGGUAUUCCCGCGCUAAUUUACGCCGGUGACGUCGAUUUUAUUUGCAACUAUCUCGGAAACAAGGCGUGGACGUAUGAAUUGGAAUGGAAGGGCAAGGACGCAUUCCAGGCGGCAGAUGAACACGACUGGAAAGGGAACGGAUUGGCUCGCUCAGCAGAAGGUUUGACCUUUUUGCAAGUCUACGACGCUGGACAUAUGGUGCCUUCCGAUCAGCCCGUGAACGCUCUAGACAUGAUUACUAUCUUUGUCAACGGAGGAGAGUUUUAA